AUGCCACCCAGGAAGAAAUCCAAUGCAGGAACUUCAACUCGUGUAAAAUCUAAAGUGAAGGGAACUCUAAAGUCAAUUCCGAGUCUUGCUCCGGAGGAACCAAAUCAUAACAACGACAGCUUCAACAAUGGCGAUCAAUCAUCUCAAAUCACAUCAAUUAUGAAUAGGAAAAAUCGAUUGGGAGAUUUACUAAAUGAUAGACUGAAACAGAAGCAAGUGGUACCCAGACGCUCAAACAAGCGACAACUGCGACUGUUUGAAGAGGACGAAGGGUUCAAGUUUAAAAGAAGCCAAGAAGCGAAUAAUAUUGCCCAAGUGAGCACACCGAUAUCGCGUUUGAGGGAGGAACUCAUAGGGAUAAGUGAUGAUGAAUUGGCCCCAAUCUCAUUCGGUAACGGAUUCGAACGGAAAAAUAAUAAAAAGAGGUAUGAAGAUGAUGAAGAUGAUGAAAAUGAUGAUAUUGGAGGUGGAAAUGCUUUAUCGUCUCCAAUACGAUCCAAUGCCAAACGUUCCAAGAGUAACACUAAAACGAUCUCAAAUAAAAUGGCUCCAGCCACGUACAUAAACGAAUACAGUCUGGAUGAUUUCAGCAAACCGGCAACAUCGACUGAGAGUAAAUUGAAGAGAAGAUCAUCCUACCACAAUCGAGGGAAAAGGUUACUGUCCAUUGGCAAUGGCUUUGGAGGGGUUCCACACGAUACUAUUCCACCUUCUGACUAUUAUAAAUUACUAGACAAUUCGUUACCUGAACCUCAUAGAAUGAGACAAUUGUUAAUCUGGUGUUUCAAAAAAAAGUUGGACCAAGAGGACAAGGAGAAGAAUGUCACUACUUCUGUAGAAGAUAAGACUCUGAUAAAUAUUGCCAAAGUUAUCAAAGAGGAAAUUAUGACAGAUCUAGUUAAUGGAGAUAUUGAGACCAGUUGGUAUAACAAGGAAAAUAAGAGUUACAGAGACAAUGCCAUAUCAAAGAACAAGACUAAAAACGACAAAGGUAAUAAACUUCUACCCAAUCCAUUAAAUGUUAAAACUUUGGAGAAUAUUCAAAUAUAUCAACAAAAAUUGAAAGAACUUCAAACUGAGAGAGAGGAAUGGGAUAAAAGCUUGAAUAACUACUGUAAAGACAUUACUUUAGAUAACUUCCCCAGCAUUAAAAAGGACAGUGAGAUCAUUCAACAGGAUGAUGGUAAUGAAAGAGUCCAGGAAAUACUCAAAGAAUCUCUUCUUAAGAAUCUUGAAAAUUCCAUUCAAGAAGUUGAAGACAUACCUAACCACAUAGAAAAUUCAAUUGAUAAGGUAUUCAAUACUGCAUACAGGUUACACAAGGGCCAUGAGUUAAUUGAGUCCAUUCAACGUAACCAACUCAAUGGGGAAAUAUCGUCAGUGGUCAAAGACUGCAUGACUGGCAGAGAAAUGGAAUCGACGGAAGCCAAGGAACCUGAAACGAAACAAAAGCCUAACCAAAACGAUAGCUUUUGGCCAAUUUCCAGAUCUCCAACUACAAAGGAAUUAUUGCGAGGUAUUGCUCGGCUAGAUGCUCGCUAG